GAGUUCAUUCAGUACACUGAUUCACUCACUCCCGAGUCCCGACCUCCCUCGCACGUGCUUCCCUGCGUCGACCCCGUCCCGACCCGUCCCCCUCACUCGCCGCCGCCGCCGCCGCCGCCGACGCCGACGCCGAGGACGACGACGACGAUGCCGCGGAAGGCCUCGUCGACCUCAGAUUCGCGCCUGAAAUGGCGGAAGUGGAAGCGGAACCCCACCGCGUCCCCGUCGCCGUCCAACCGCUCGUCGGCCGCCGCCGCCGCGGCGGACCACUCCGACGACUCCGACUCCGCCGCCGUUAACGAGGACGACGACUCCGCGGUCCCCGAGGACGCCGACGACGAAACCCUAGCCGGGGCGGAGGACCCCGUGCUCGACCUCCGCGAGGCGGAGGUGCUCCCUUCGGCGGAGCCCGUCUCGGCGUUCCCCGUCGCCACCCGACGCGUCGUCAACCGGCCGCACCCGUCCGUCCUCGCCGUCAUCGCGGCCGAGCGAUCCGCGUGCGCGGGUGAGGGUUCCGCCGCGGUGGCGGCGGCGCCGGUGCUGGAGAACAUCUCGUACGGGCAGCAGCAGGUGCUCUCCGGGGUGCUCCCUGACCACGCUUCGCUCGCGACGGACACUGACAAGCCGUCUACCUAUGUGUGCACGCCGCCGAAUCUUAUGGAGGGGCAUGGCGUGACCAAGCAGUUCCAGGGUCGCCUACAUGUCGUGCCCAAGCACUCAGAUUGGUUCUCCCCAGGGAUCGUGCACAGGCUGGAAAGGCAGGUGGUGCCACAGUUCUUUUCAGGGAAGUCGCCGGGCAACACUCCAGAGAAGUACAUGCUAUUGAGGAAUAAGGUUAUUGCAAAAUAUUUAGAGAACCCAAGCAAGAGGCUUGCUUUUGCAGAGUGCCAGGGGCUUGUUGCGAACACAGCUGAAUUAUAUGAUCUCAGUAGGAUUGUUAGGUUCUUAGACACUUGGGGAAUCAUCAAUUACCUUGCGUCUGGGUCGGUGCACCGGGGUCUAAGGAUGGCAACCUCCCUUCUAAGGGAGGAGCCAACCGGGGAGUUGCAACUAUUGACUGCGCCACUGAAAUCAAUUGAUGGCCUAAUUUUGUUUGAUCGACCGAAAUGUAACCUCCAAGCAGAGGACAUUUCUUCAUUGGCAUCAAAUUCGGAGGUUGUGGAUUUUGAUGCUGGACUUGCAGAAUUGGAUGGAAAGAUUAGGGAGCGAUUGUCAGAGAGUUCUUGCAGUUAUUGCUUACAGCCUUUGACCAGCUUGCACUAUCAGUCACUAAAGGAGGCAGAUAUCGCUCUAUGCUCUGAUUGCUUCCAUGAUGCGAGAUAUAUUACUGGGCAUUCAAGCUUAGAUUUUCAGAGGAUUGAUGGGGAUAACGAUAGAUCAGAAAAUGAUGGGGAUAGUUGGACUGAUCAAGAAACGUUAUUGCUGUUGGAGGGCAUAGAGAAGUACAAUGACAACUGGAAUAACAUUGCAGAGCAUGUUGGAACAAAGUCAAAAGCACAAUGUAUUUACCAUUUUAUUCGUCUUCCUGUUGAAGAUGGUUUGUUAGAGAAUAUUGAGGUGCCAGAUGCAUCUGUGCCAUUUAGAGCAGAAACCAAUGGAUACCCACAUUUAGAUUGCAAUGGCAGUACUUCAGGAAAUCUACCUCAAAAAAUUCCACCUGAUAACCAGCUUCCGUUCAUUAAUUCUUCUAAUCCGGUGAUGUCACUGGUUGGGUUUUUGGCUUCUGCUAUGGGACCAAGAGUUGCAGCAUCAUGUGCAAGUGCUGCUUUAUCAGUUUUGACAGUAGAUGAUGAUUCCAGGGUGAAUUCAGAAGGCAUUUGCUCUGAUUCUAGGGGCCAAGGUCCGCAUCCGAAUUUUCGUGAUCAUAAUGGUGGUGUAUCUUCAUCCAUCUCUCCAGAAAAGGUGAAGCAUGCUGCCAUGUGUGGUUUGUCGGCAGCAGCUACGAAGGCUAAACUUUUUGCAGAUCAAGAGGAACGUGAAAUCCAAAGACUAACUGCUACUGUAAUAAACCAUCAGUUAAAAAGGUUGGAACUGAAGCUGAAGCAGUUUGCCGAAGUCGAGACCUUGCUUUUGAAAGAAUGCGAGCAAGUGGAGAGAAUAAGGCAGAGGAUUGCAUCUGACCGUGUCCGAAUCGUGUCCACCCGCUUGGCCUCGCCUGGAAAUAGCCUACCUGGGGGUAGUACUAGCACCAUGUCAUCCAAUCCAAUGAGUAUGAGCCCCAGACCGAUGGGCGUGCCAGGCUCGAUGCCUCAAUCCAGUAUGCCAGCACCAUUUGCCAAUAACAUGCAGGGGCAUGGUCACCCCCAGAUGGCAUUCUUACAACAGCAGCAGCGGCAGCAGAUGCUGUCAUUUGGACCUCGUCUGCCGCUGUCGGCCAUCCAAACCCAGCCAUCCCCACAGACGUCAAACAUCAUGUUCAACCCAGGCAUGCCCAAUUCUGUAACCCCUAAUCAUCAUCAACUGUUGAGGUCGUCUUCUGGAAACAAUUCAAGUGUAGGAUAGGAGAAAGAAAAAAGGGAGAUUCAUAAGAUUCCAACCAGUGUAGCUUCCUCAGUUGUAGCUUUAUAUGAUUCAUAAACAUCUCAUUGUUAUUCAUUUGUACAAUAUGUUCCAUUGGUCGUAUAAUUUAUGAUCACUUAGGUUCUCAUUUUAUGUAUUUAUGAUCACUUGGGUUCUCAUUUUAUAGCCUCAAAAGUGUUGUUA